CUCAAGCAGUCGAUCCGCUCAAGGUGCCAGCGACGCAUGCGCAGUCCUAAUAGCGUCGCUGUGGGAAAGAUGGCGGCAGUGGGUUUGGCGCUGCGCUCGGCGUUUCGGCAGUUCUUCCCCAUGCCAUGCGUUGGUCAAAUAAGGAGUUAUUAUGUGGACUGGAGGAUGCUACGUGAUGUUAAGAGAAGGAAAAUGGCUUUUGAUUAUGCAGAUCAAAGAUUACGGCUGAAUUGCAUUAGGAAAAAUAAAAUUUUGCCUAAAGAACUCCAGGAAAUUACCGAUAAGGAAAUCGCUGAUCUGCCCCGAGAUAGUUGCCCUGUGCGGAUCCACAAUCGAUGUGUUCUGACAUCCCGACCAAGAGGCGUGAAAAGGCGGUGGAGGCUCAGCCGAAUUGUUUUCCGCCAUCUGGCUGACCAUGCCCAGCUCUCUGGGAUACAGAGGGCAAUGUGGUGAGCUGCAAGCAAGUAAUUUCUUCAAACAUGACAAAACAGUCAUAUUUAAAACUUCCUGAAUAUAUAACUCAUGGUAUGCAAGGAUGAGAGAUGGGGAAUGCUAGUUAUGUUGACAAGGAUGUCAGUCUGAUAUUAUGAAGAUGUGAACCUGCUCUUAGGAGGAGACAUGAAAAAUAAACUAUCUCAGACUUGACUCUCACUCAUUUCUUGCACCUGAAGCAGUGUUUCACUUUACUGUUGGAAAGUUUCUGUAUCAUUACAAUUUGGAAAAAUAACAGUGUGUAAUAGCCUAGUUUACAUAUUGUAUGCAGAUAACUAGUUACAGUAAUUUUCUGACUUUUAUAACAUACUUUAGAAAAGGUCAGGUUAUUUCUGGACAGGAUAGAAUAGUAUAUGCAUGGCCCAAAAACAGUGUUCAGAAAAAUCAGGGUUUAAGUAGAGGGUACAAGUUGAAAGAAGCCUAUAGUUCAUCCAAUCCAGCUCCCUGCUCAGUACAAGAAUUCACAUCUCCACUGAACAGACAUCCAGUCCAUUUGAAAACCUCUAGCAAGAGACAAUCCCUGAUGGUUCUAGGCAGACUUCCAUUGCUUAACUACUCUUACUGCCAGAAAAAUCCUCCCUCUGUCCCUUCUUUCUAUUUAAAAUUGUUGAUCUUUGUCCUGCUUUUAGUAUGAUACCCAUAAAUAUUUGUAGACUUUAUGAUAUCUCCCCUUAGUCUUCCCUUUUUCAAUAUAAUGUACCUUAACUGUUCUUCCCAGGGAUUGGUUUGCAGACCCCAUAUCCUCAAAGCAUUCCUCUGAAUGUGUUCCAGCUUCUUUUUGUUCCUUUUAAAGUGUGGUGCCCAGAAGUGAACCCAGUACUGUAUUCUGUGUGCAAUCUAAGCAGUACAGAGUGCAUGGCACUAUUAGUCCUGAAACCUGGAGAGAAUGCUCCCAUUAAGGAAUCCCAAAACUGCUGUAUACGUUGGUGGUCCUUACUAUUCCUAGACCCUUCUCACAUGCACUGCCAAGUGAGGUCAUAGAAUCAAUCUAUUAGAUAGGGUCCAUCUAAUCCAAAUUGCCAUUGUCCUUUUUAAACUAUGAUGCCUACAGCUGGACACAGUACUCCAAAUAGGACCUGACCUGGCCAGAAUAGAAUGGAACAAUUACUUUCUGUAAUCUGGACUCAAUGUACUUGUUAAUGUACCCCAAGAUAGCACUUUUCUCUUUUUAACAACUAGGUCACACUGUUGGCUCAUGUUUAUGGGCAUUCAACUUCUUUGCACAUGUAUUACCACCAGGUCAAGCCUCACCAAUUCUAUUUUUCUGCCUUACAUUUUUCCUAUUCACAUGCAGAAUGUUAUGUUUUUCCUGUUAAAUUCCAUCCUAUUCAUGCCUGCCCACUGAAAAACCCUGUCUCCAUCAUUUUGAAUUUUCUGUCUAAAGUAUUAGCUACUCCUUCCAGUUUUGUGUCAUCUGCAAAUUUUGUAAGUGUUCCUCAACUCCAUCCAGGUGAGUGAUAAAAGUGCUAAAACAGCAGAGGGUGCAGGAUAGAGCCCUGUAGCGUUCCACUCAAUAUUUCUCUCCAAGCUGCAGGGGAGCCAUUAAUCACUUUUUGAGUGCAGUCAUUCAGCCUACUGUGAGUUCAUCUAACAGUAGUAUCAUUUAGCUUAUAUUUUACCAUUUCAAUGAAGGAGAAUAUCAUGAGGCACUCUGUCAAAGGCUUUGCUACGGUCUAUCUACCUCUGUCUAUAGCAUGCCUUUGAUUUACUAAGUAACUAUCACAGAAGAUACCGUUAGUCGUGUACAAUUUGUGACAAACCCAUGCUAGGUUCUAUUAAUUGUACCAUAUCUAGCCAAGUGCUCACAAACAUGCUGUCUGAUAAUCUGUUCAAAGAAAGACCUUGCCACUAUAGACCUCAGGCUGGCAGGUCUGUAAUUUGCUAAGUUCUCCUUCCCCAUGCAUGGCCUUUUAGAGAGUUCUCCGUGUAUCCAUACUGGCUUCUUCGGAUUUUUCUUGUUCUUCCUCAUGGGAAUUAUUUGCAGUUGCAUCUUCAGUAUCUCAUUUCAUAGCAUUUCCCAUCCUUCCAGGACAUUUUUCUUCAUAAGGAUUUUAAGCCACUGGAGCCAACCUAGCUUCCCUCCAAGUUUGUCAGAAUCCGUUCUUUUGAAGACCAGUAUGCAGAUCUGAUUUCAGUUCCUCCUCCUCUGUGUACCCUAAAUUCAAUAAUAA